GGUCCGUCAGUCGCCUUCAUGUCAUUCAAGAAAACACAAGAGUUUACCACUGGCGCGUUUUGCUACAGAAUUUUAAUUUUGUUCCGUGAAAAGAUGUGAUUUUGAUCGAAAAAGCUUUUUAUUUUAUUACUAAUCGUGAUCCGUACGCGUAGCGUUUCACCAUUGCGUGUUAUUAGAAUUAAAGUGACCCGCGAUGGGAGUUACGGGUUUGUGGAAACUGGUGGAACAAUCGGGCAAACCGGUUCCGCUGGAGACGCUCGAGAACAAGGUGCUCGCUGUGGAUAUAUCAAUUUGGUUGCAUCAGGUCAUAAAAGGCUUCCAAGAUUCAAAGGGAAGCUCGCUUCCAAAUGCACACAUCCUGGGGUUGUUUCACAGGUUGUGCAAGCUGAUGUACUAUCGUAUCAAGCCGGUGUUUGUGUUUGACGGUGGUGUUCCAGUACUGAAAAAGCAGACUAUCGCCAAGCGCAAUCAAAGCAAGAGCAAAUAUCACAAUGAAGCCGAUCGACUGCAACAAUUGCUGCUGGAAACGUUGGCCAAGGAAAAGGUCGUUCAGCAGGCGCUGGGGUCAGCUACCAGUCUUCUGGUUUCGCCCUCAAAAAAGCCCGGAAACAGCAGCAAAACAACGGACGAACCCGAUGAGAUGUUCAAACUGCCACCCUUGAAAGAGGAUUCACCGUUCAAAAGUGCUGCCGAUAGCUCCCAUACCGAUCUGGACGAAAGUGGCAGCUCGUGGGACGAAAAAACUUCCAAAAGCUAUUAUCAUUUGAACUUGAAUGCCAUUGAUGUGACGAGUGUGCAUUUCAAGAACCUGCCGGCAGAUGUGAGACAUGACAUUUUAAACGACAUCAAAGAGACCCGGAAGCAAAGCUCGUGGGGACGGCUGCAUGAACUUCCGGUGGAGAGUAAUGAUUUCUCGUCGUUUCAAAUGAAGCGAUUGCUGAAACGGCGUGCGGUGCAGGUGGAACUGGAGGAAGCCGAGAAGGAAAUGGGAGGAAAGUGUCUCUCACUGGCCGAGCUGGAAGCGCUUCUUUCUGAAGAGGGAGUGGACACUUCUUCUAGUCAGGCAGCGCAGAAGAUCGCUUCGGAUGAGAAUACGCGGUUUUUGCUGGUCAGAGACGUACAGAAGGCGAUUGAGAAGGCAAAAAUCAAGGAGGAACAAGAGAAGAACGCUCCAAAGCCUCCGAAGCUAUCCCGGAGUACUUCUGCGAAGUCGGAAGUAAUAGACGUUCUGGACGAUAAGGAAAUGGACGAAGAACUUCAGUUGGCGAUCAAAAUGUCCCUAAUGCAAGACGAAGACCCCAGCGUAAAGAUAAAUCUCGAACAGGAUGAAGUCCAAAUGUCCAAACAGCAGAAGCAAGCUCUCGGCAACUCGGCCAUGACUCUGGCUAGAGACUAUAUGCUGGAAUACGGUGGUAUGUCAAAUGACGACUUCCGAGAGUUGCUCCACCAAACGCAAGAUGUUGAUCCGGGUGAGGUGGAGCAAUCGUUUACGCAGAUGUUCAACCACAAUUCGGUAUCCAUACUGAAAGGAACGGACGCCCCGGAAGACAAGGAAGAAGUGGGAGAAGUACUCGUUUCAUCAGACACCGAUACUGAUUCGGAUUUCAUUGACGUGCCGACGGACGAUUUAGAUGAUAUGACACCGGGUAUUCUGUUACCGUUGAAUCCCAGCAAUCACCUGAAGCCACUGUACAGUACGGUUGUGGAUUUCCGGCUGGAGGAUCUGCAGAUGAAUAAGGACGGCAAAAAGGUGGUGGAAGUUGUGAUCGAUGAGACCAAGAUCGGGACGAAGGACGACGAAGAUAUUUUUGCCGAUGUGUUUGGGAAAAACGUUGGGAUUAAAUCAGGGCAGGGGAAAUCGUUGGAAGUGGCACAGGCUUAUACAAAGGACAUUGCGGAUGCAGGAGAACAACCUGAAGCUACAAUUAUUCCUAAGAAGACGGAACCACCAGUUGCACCCAAGAUUCCCGGCAUCAAGGUCAAGAAGGUUGACGACAUCAAUGCCCGACUACAGGAAGAACUUCAAAAGCUCAAAGCUGCUCCAGCCAUAAACCUUGAUGAUAUCGCGUUGAGUAUUCCACUAGAAGAUGACGAGUUAAUUCCGGUCAAAAAAAUACAAGAAAGUAACAACGAGGUGAACAAACCGGAGAAUGUGCGUGACAUUGUGAAACAGCAAUUAGAGAAACUGAAGUCACAACCCCCAGUAAUAAAUUUGGACGAAAUCGAGCUGACCGACAAUCUGGUGAAAGAUGUUCCAGAUAAAUUGGAAGAUCAACGUACUAAAGCCAACUCGGAUGACGAGGACAGCGAUGCAACCGUGGGAUAUUCACCAAUGAAGGCACUACAAAAAGUUUUGGAAGCAUCGGAACAGUCUUGUGCCGAUGUAAUACAAUCCAAUGAAACUGAACCUGAACCUGGAAAGCAGACUACCGCAGCGCAACCCGUUUAUGGCACUCCUAAAAAAGGAACUCUUGAACACCUGGUGGUGGCCCGCACGCCUGGCAGCGAUUCCAAGAAAUCCGAACCGGAAGAAGACGUUCCCAAUGUUCCAAAGCCAUUCUUCGUCAACAAAACACCUACCUCGUCAUCAAAGAAAAACAAACCAUUCGAAUCGGGAACCCCUGGUAAAUCCACGAAAGUGUCCAAAGAGUUGUUCCCGGAGCCGGAACCGAUACCCUCCACUAGCAAAGGUCCAACGGCUCCAACGGCUGAAACCAUGAUCAUCGAUAUGGCCGACAAUUUGAAGGAAAACAAAACCCCGCUGGAGCUGAAAAAGAUGGCCCUGAAUCUCGCCCAAACCGAACGGGAACUGGAGAAGGAAAAGAAUCGACAGUCCCGACUGGGCACUUCAAUUACCGAACAGAUGCAGGACGAUUGCAUGCAGCUGCUGCGGCUGUUCGGUGUCCCGUACAUUGUGGCACCCAUGGAAGCGGAAGCGCAGUGUGCUUUCCUCAAUCAGAUCCAGAUCACCGAUGGGACCAUAACGGACGAUAGCGAUAUCUGGUUGUUUGGCGGGCAGACGGUGUACAAAAAUUUCUUCAACCAGCAGAAGCUGGUGCUAGAGUUUACGGCCGACAGCAUCGAGCGGUUGUUCCAGAUGGAUCGGAAGAAGCUGAUCCAGCUGGCUUUGCUGGUGGGCAGCGAUUACACUACGGGUAUCAGUGGUAUCGGGGCGGUCACGGCUAUGGAAAUUCUCGCAUCUUUCCCCGCCACACCGGAAAAGGAUGGUGAAACAUCCGAAAUGAUGUCACUCCUCUCUGGCUUGCGAAAAUUUCGCGACUGGUGGAACCAUGGCCGUAACAAUUCCAUUGGUACCCGGAUAACCCUCAAGUCUAAACUGAAGAACAUUGAGUUUACCGAGGGUUUUCCGAGUUCCGGAGUGGUAGAGGCGUACAUGUUUCCCACGGUUGACAGCAAUAAGGAACCUUUCUCGUGGGGCUAUCCGGAUGUUGAAAGUUUGCGGGAUUUUACCAAACAAAAGUUUGGAUGGCCACAAGCCAAAUUCAACGACGUUAUUAUGCCGGUGAUCAAACGUUUGGACGAACGGAAAUCGCAAGCCUCGAUCAAAAACUAUUUCAAGGUUCAAAGCGCUGUGGCCACCAACCAGUUAAAGGUGAGCAAACGUGUGCAGAGUGCCGUCGAUGUGAUGGCCGGAAAGAUUACGGAAGAACCGGCCAAGAGUCCCAAGAAAAAGGUAACACGUAAGCGUAAACCAAAGGCUGGUGAACCGGAAGUUGCUUAUCCGGAUGCAACUCAGUCGACAUCUUCUGAAGUUAUAUGCUUAUCACAAGAUAGCGAUGAUGACUUUGCCGAACCGAAGAAAACUCGAGGUAGGAAGGCUGCUGGCAGCACUGCCAAGAAAUCCAAGCCCAGAGCAAAUAAAAAGGCUGCUACCGAACCGGAAAAGCCUGAAACCGAUAAACCAUCCACCUCCUUGGUCAACAUUGGAAGUAUUAUCUCCAAAAUAAAUGAUCAAUCGGCGGAAAAGUUGGGCGACGAAGCUGUGGCAGCAAGAAAAAAAGCUGCCAAGAACAAGAUACCGGACUUCAAUCCCGCCAUUCCGCAACGUUUGAAGGACGAAGAGGAAAUGGUAAACCGCAAACAACGAGCAAUUGAGCUGUUUAAAAAAUCCCAAACCGAAUCCAAAGUCAAAAAAUCGCGCAAGUAAUUCCUGCCCAAGGUAGGUUGUAUGUUUCAGUUUCACUGAUGGUUGCAAUUGUUAUUAAUGAAUACAAAACUGUUCGUAAUUGGUCUCACUGAAAA